AUGGGGCCCCCCCACAGGACCUUCCCCCUCCCGGCCUGCACCCAAACCCACUUCCCACACCUCGUAGGAGGCCUUGAGGAUGUCGGACACCUCGGCGUCGGCCACCUUGCGCGUCUCGGAGCCCAGCUUGUCGCUGAGGGACAGCGGCCCAAUGCGAGCGCUCAUGCCGCAGUCCUCCACCAUGUGCCGCGCGGUGCGUGUGGCGGCCGACAGGUCCGAGGUGGCGCCCGUGGUCACAAACUCCUCGCCAAAGAUGAGCUCCUCCGCCGCCUUACCCCCCAUGCACACGUCGAUCUGGGCCAGCAGCUGCUGCUUGGUGGUGGAGUACUCGUCGCGGUCGGGGAGCUGGCUCACCAUGCCCAGCGCGUGGCCGCGCGGGAUGAUGGUGGCCUGGGUGGGUGGAGGGUGCGAGGGGUUGCGAGGAAGUGGGUGAGAGGCCCUUGGGUUUGGGGGGGGGGGGGGGGGGCAAGGAACUCAGGAGGACCCGCAUGCUGGGAGGAGGGAACAAAGGGGAAAACGCGGCUGACAGGAGAACCAGAGGAGCUCUGA